UGAGUACCUGAUUCAAAAUGGGUGACAAGCCACCUACCUACCACGAAGCGACAUCUAUGGCCUCGCCGCGGAUGGAGGGGAUCCAGAUUGUGCUGAUGUACUUCAGCUGGACGGACCGCAUCCGUCUGCUGGGCUUCCCCGACAACCUCCAGGCGCGCGUGACGGAGGUUCUGAGGAGGUCAUGGCCCAAGGGCAUCCAAGAUGUGCGACCCUUUGACGAGAGCAUGGAGAUCAAGCUGCGCGGGAAUCCCUUUGCGCAUGGCGGCGACGAAGAGAAAAUCGCGAUCCGCAGGGUUGUCUUAGACCUGCUGGACAUGUUUGCAAAGGAAGGAUGGGGGGUUGGCCCGGUGGCAGGAGGUUUAGGGCGACUGGGAAAUUACCAAGCAUAUGGUGAAAAGGCUUCACUGGUCCUCCAACGCCAACUGCCGCAGGAACGCCUUUGGCUGUGUGUUUCCUUUGACUCGCGUGACCUGAUCCAUCUGGUCAACGCCCCGGCUCAUCUAGCCAAGGCGAUGUGUAAAGCGUUUGGCGACCGAAUUGAGGGAUGCUACCAGGACUUCGUGUCCGAAAACUUCGAGCUCAGGUUGAAGGAUGCAGUCUGGUCACAGCCAACGCCCAAGGGUGCUGUGCAGAGCAGACUAAUCGCUCUCCAAGUGCUACGCUGUCUCCACGAACAGGGAUACAGCUUGUGUGCUAGUCUAGACCUCGACCACGGUCUUGGUGGCACUUUGUAUCUAAGCAGUGGGGAGAUUUGGUUCUGCUGCCGCUGAAUACGAGGCCCAAAUAGUGGUCUGGCGUUCGAAGGUGGCUUUUCAUGCCGCUUUGGUUCGCUUCGUCUAGUCGUUUUCUGCUGGCUUGUCAUUC